AUGUCUCCAGUUCCAGAACCCAUCCUUCAAGCCCUCUCACUCCCAUCCGAAUCAAAAGUCAGCCUCUCAACAUCUGGACUAGGCUCAGGCUUCACAAGCACAGGCACCAUCCACGCCAAGAUCCCCGGCAAAAAUGGAACGGAAGAAGAGCGACGCUACUUCAUAAAAACUUCCUCAAACGGUAAAUCUGCAGAAGAAAUGUUCCAAGGCGAAGCCGAGUCCCUCAACGCGAUAGCAGCCUCAGUGCCAGGGUUCUGCCCGCAAGCCCUAGCUCGGGGACCACUCGACGAGCCCGGGACAAAGGCCAAAACACACUUCCUUGCAACAGAGUUCCUUGAUAUAGGUAGAAAAAUGGGACGUAGCACGGGCGAUGAAGCCACGCUCGCGCGCCGCCUCGGAAAACUGCAUACCACGCCCGCAUCCCCAGACCCGGCCACUGGCCGGCGCAGAUUCGGAUUCCCCGUCCCGACCUUCUGCGGCGAUACCAAACAGCCGAACCGGUUCUGUGAUAGCUGGGCUGAGUUCUAUGCGAAUGAACGGCUGCUUAUGAUCCUAACGACAUCUGAAGAGCGCAAUGGCCCCGAUGCUGGGCUGCGCGAGGCAGUUGAGAACACGGCGCAUAAGGUUGUACCUCGGUUGCUUGGGGAUGGUCAUUUAGGGUAUACUUCUAGUGGUGACGGGGAGGGAAUUGUGCCUGUUAUCGUUCAUGGGGAUUUGUGGAGUGGGAAUGCUGAUUGGGGUAGGAUUGUUGGUUCGGGUCGUGAUGAGACGCCUGGUGAUGUGGUGUAUGACCCAUCGGCUUGCUAUGGACAUAGUGAGUUCGAACUUGGUAUUAUGCAUAUGUUUGGUGGGUUUGGGGCUCGGUUCUUUGAUCAGUACCAUCUGAUUAUACCGAAGACUGAGCCUGUGGCAGAGUAUGCUGAUCGGGUUGAAUUGUAUGAAUUGUGA